AUGAUUCGUUUCGGAGUCAGACAAGGCGCCACGAGAGAGCUCGUUCACACCCUGGAAGCUCGAAGAACGCCUCGAUCGUCACCUCCGCUGUUGAGAACAGCCGUAAUUUCGACGUCCAGGGGCCCUCAUGGCUCGUUCCACUUCAGUCUAAGCCGUGCCCGGAGGUCCGACACUGUAUUCAAACGCCAUGCCUCGACAUCUGCGGACGGCGCCCCCAAACCGUCACGGCUGCUCGAUCUCCUAGUGGGUGCUACUCUUGUGUUGGGCGCCGGUAUCUUCUACUUCUACAUCACAGACACGCGUGCGAGCGCACAUCGCUAUAUCAUAAUCCCGACUCUAAGGUUAUUUUACCCUGAUCCAGAAGACGCUCACCAGGCCGGCAAUCACAUUCUCAAAGCACUCUGGGACUUCGGACUCCACCCUCGCGAACGAGGCGAUUUUGAUGCGGACAAGGGCCUUGAAGUAGAGGUCUUUGGACAGCUUCUGCGGAAUCCCCUUGCUACUUCCGCUGGCAUAGACAAGCAGGCCGAGAUCCCAGAUGCCCUUUUUGAGAUUGGCCCGGCCAUUGUCGAAAUUGGAGGCACCACCCCCAUGCCACAAGACGGCAAUGAAAAGCCUCGGGUGUUUCGGUUGACCUCACAACAAGCUAUGAUCAACCGAUAUGGUUUGAACUCUGAAGGCGCCGACUAUGUUGCAAUGAAACUUCGAAACAGGGUUAGGAAAUUUGCGCACUCGCUGGGACUCGGUCAAGACGAGAUUGCCGAGAAGGCAGUGCUGGACGGCAUUGCAGGUGUGCCUCCGGGAAGCUUGACUCCGGGGAAAUUGCUUGCUGUUAAUAUUGCUAAAAACAAAUUCACACCAGAAAACGACGUGGAGGCUGUGACGAAUGAUUAUGUCUACUGCGUUGAGACCCUCGGCCCAUAUGCCGACAUUCUGGUCGUCAAUGUCUCCAGCCCGAAUACCCCCGGUCUUCGGUCUUUGCAAGAAGGAGACAAGCUAAAGAGGAUUUUGGGCGGCGUGGUCGAAGCAGCCCACAAGGUUGAAAGGCGCACCCGACCUUUUGUCAUGGUCAAAGUCAGUCCCGACGAGGACUCAGAUGAGCAGAUUGCUGGGAUAUGUGACGCAGUUUGGGCCAGCGGAGUGGAUGGAGUGGUAGUUGGGAAUACCACAAAUCGUCGACCCGAGGCGCUAUCCCAAUUCAAAAGCUAUUCACCCCUAGAGCAGCAAAAUAUGCUCGAGAGGGGUGGGUUUUCCGGGCCUCACCUCUUUGAAGGAGUCACUGCUUUGGUGAAGAAAUAUAGGAAGCAUCUGGCAGAGAGACCUCCCGGCAUUCAAAAACCAGAUUCGCUACCUGCUAGGAAGGGGGCGUUGAAAGCUGAUGCAGACGCUAUCAGAGGCAGCCUCGCAGCUAGAACCGAGACGGGUGCCGAUACCCCACCAGAAGCAGAGUCCAACAAGGUUACUGCGUCUGUCGACAGUGGUGUCGUUCCAGUCAACGGCAUGAUCCAGGACGGUGGUUCUGCCAAGCAACCGCUAAUCAAUCUUCCCACUGAUCGGCUUUUCGACAAGUCGCCAAUAGCAGAUGAUAAGUCGCCAGCAACAGACGACAAAUCGCCAGCAGCAGAUGGCAAUUCGCAGGUCGAAAAAGUACCUGCUCCUGACCCGGGUGUGCGUGAUGUAGUAGAGAGACGGCAGCUCAGGUCCAUUCAGGAGGCUAUCGAGAGGCUUCCGCCCAAGGCGCAGCGUGAUGCUCUCGAGCGGCUUGAGUCUCCUGGGCCACAUCUGGGUCUGCUAGAUCAGCCCAAAGCCAUAUUCGCGACCGGAGGUAUCACUAACGGCAGACAAGCACUUGAAGUGCUCAACGCAGGUGCGAAUGUGGCAAUGGUCUAUACUGCCUUGGUCUAUGGAGGUGUCGGCACCAUCUCGAGAAUCAAGGACGAGAUGCGUGAGGAAAUGGGAAGACAGGCCCAACCCAAGGGGGCAAUGGUUCCCAAAUGA